AUGGCGCUGCAAGCAUAUAGACAUCUGAUGCGCGCUGCUAGAGUCGCGUUUGAAGGCGAUACCCGCGUGCUGAGUGCCGCACGGCAGCAAAUACGCGACAGUUUCCGAGAGACUGCGGGAAUUGACAGCCCAGAUGUCAAGGCAAGAGUCCAGCAGGCUGAGGAGAUAGCCAGCGCCUUGCGACACAACGUCGUUCAGGGGAAGAAGGACGGAGAUAGGUAUAAACUUCGUAUACAUAAGGAUACCGAGCGGGGCGACAACGACACCAUCAAGAUCGACGGAAAAACGGUUACAAUAGACGGGAAGAAGUGUUCGGAUAGGUAG